AUGACUCAAACUGACUACACGGAAUCUCAUGAGCAAAUCAAAGACACCCAAAUCGGUUACUGCCGAUACGGCCAUGGACCAAACUAUGUUCUUGCAAUUUGUGGAGCUGUUGGAUGCUAUAAAAAAGAUUGGCCACUGAAACUUCUGUCCCAUUUCCCACCAGACCAAGUGACAAUUAUUGGAAUCGAUCCACCAGGGUACGGAACUUCAAGACCUCCAGAUAGGAAGCAAGAAGUUCAAAGAUGCCAGAAAGAUUCCGAAUAUUGCUUGGGUCUUAUGGAGGCUCUGAAACUAGAACCGUUCACAGUGAUGGGAUGGUCUGAGGGUGCUAGGACUACUGUUCACGUGGCAGCGAAAGGAAAGGAGAUGGUGAAUAGGAUGAUUGUGAUGGCAGGAGCAACAAAAGUAAAUCAUCUAGGAGCGAUGGCAUUCAAAGGGAUGCGCGAGACGAACCACUGGCUUCCAGCCGGUCGGCAACCAUACCUUGAUCACUAUCCUGAAGAAUUUCUAAGGACUCAAUGGGCUGCUCUUUGUGAUGUUGUUGAUCAAGUUCACACAUUCAUGGGCGGUCGCUUCCCAAGUGACCUGGCUCUACCCCAGGUGAAAUGCCCAACACUGAUCAUGAACGGAGGAAUGGAUCGUUUCUGUGGUGACCCGAACGUCUGCUUCAUCCCAGUCCUGAAGUCCCUCGCAAAAGUAGAAGUUCAUGCUCAAGGGGGACACGAUUUCUACCAGAAGUACCCAAAAUGGUUCUCAUCGAAAGUUCUGGAGUUUUUUAAGAGCACUGAGAAAAAAUGA